AUGACUUUCUACCACACUGCUGAGGACAUUCGCAUCGAGGACAACCAUGUGUUGAAGGCUCGUCUCCAGACCGCCGAAGGCGAGUGGAAUGACGCCGAGAUCGACCUCAACACCUGCAUCGGCAACGACAACGGCAACUUCCACUGGGAUGGCGAGGGCUUUGCCAAUUCUGCCGAGAACAUCGAGUUCGCACUUGAAGGAGAUGGCGACGUCCCCGUCCUCCGUGCCACCCUCUUCGACGCUGAUGGCAACCCCGAGACUCGCGACAUCAACUUGGGCGAGCGCAUCGUCAACAACGAUGGCAACUUUCACUAUGUAAGGGAUUUGCCUGGUUCUAGCUCUUGGGUCACUAGACAACGAGUCGAUCGCACAAAACAUCUGCUGCUCAGCAACCACUCGUACUCGCAUCGCCAAUCAAAGCUCACCAUGGCCGAAUCCACAUCUCUCGCAUCAUGGAAACUCCACAACAGGUUCGUCGACAUCGUCCGCAGCGACGCCAGUCCAAUCUUGGACCUCAUCCCCUCAUACAACACCCUUUCGUUUGACUACACCGAACUCGAAAACACCGUCGCACUGCGUAUGGGCGAAUAUGGCGACAGCGAAAUCCUAACACAUCCCAACGGCUCCGUAUCCAAGCGCGUAGUCCGCGACUCCAAGAUCCGCAAAGCAGGUACCGUCUUGGAAGUCAGCAGGCCAAUGAGUGGUCAGUUCAAAGCCAUCGCGCCGUUUGGCUGGAGUGAGACUGUACAGCAGGGUAUUACCACGCCGAUGAGUGCGCCGGCACAUGCGCUUGUGCUGAUGUACAUGCACAUCUGGGUUCUUAAGACGAACAAGGAAGAUGUUGAGUUGCCUAUACCGAGGUAUCAGAGUUUGUAUGAUGCACUAGUUUUGAUUCGAAACGCGUUAGAUACGGAGUUGGUGUUGCCGGUUGGGCAGCGCAAGGUUCCCGCGGAGGUCUUGGCCGCCUAUCAAAAUGGUGCUGUGGACAGGUCUCAACCAGUUGAGGAAGGGAAGGAGCUUGAGAAAGAAUAA